AUAUGAUUGCAACUAUAGAAGAUUUGAAAAUUCAAAUUCUUUGUCUACAAAAUGAGAUAAAUAAUGUCAAAACAGCAGCUAAGCUAUACAAUAAUCAAAAGGAAGAAGAAUAUAAAAGAAAAAAAAAGGAUUAUGAUGAAGAACUAUUUUUUUUACGAAAUAUAGUCAAUGAAUACUUAGUCGAUACAACUCACUCCAUGCAUGAAAAUUUAAAAUUAUCUGAUGAGAAAAAGUUGUUAAAAAAACGAUUGGAACAUCGCAAUAUCUUAUCUUCAAUAUCAACCUCUUCGUUCAAAGACGGGGGUGGUAUCCUUGAUAAUGUAUUUAAACCCUUUCGCAAAGUUAGUUCUAACAUAAAUUGGAAUUCAAAACCUUCGGAAGAUGUAGAAAAAAAUGAUAAUGACGCUGAUUUGGAAAAUACUAUGCUUAAGGCCAAGGAAGAAACCGAUAAAUUGAGAGCUAUUGUUUUGCCACUGGAAAAUGAAAUCGCAUGGUUAAAAUGUAGGCUUAAAGACAGUCAAAUUAGGGUUAAAAACUAUCUAUUCAAACAAAAUAGUUCUUCUACCGAUGAACAAAUAUUCCAAUCUUUCAAAGUAUCACCAAUUGCCCAGAAACAUAUGAGGCGCACGAGUUCUUUACCACUACAACUUAAUUCAUACAAUUUACGCAUAUUACCAACAUACUUUUUACUCAACAAAUGGCAUUCACUUGAUUCGUAUUUACCAAGUGACCUAGAUAUCAAAAAUCGCAUGGAAACUUCAAAAACCGCAAACUUUUUAGAUAUUUUGAUACCGAAUUCCAGUUCCCACUUCGAAACUUAUCAGCUAAAGUGCAAAAAACAUUUAGUAUACCCUCGCAACCUAAGCUGCAACGAAAAAAUGGGUGACAAUAUAGUCAUCGAAGAUUCAAAAUUUCCCGAAAAAAAUCGCAAAAAUUUGCCUAACAUCUUAUGGGUACAUCGAAGUCAAGAAAAAACUAUUGAAUUUAGACCUAAUACCAUCAAAUUAGACGUCCCUGAGACCGAUGAUCAAGAGACACCAAUUCAAUCUCGAAAGGAGGAAUGUAAUGAAUAUGAAAAAGAUAUUUUGCAGAACGAGAUAGCCGAAUUGAAAAGCAAUUUGAAAAGUGAAACCAUAAAAAGAAGCAAUUUAGAAGACCGAUUCCACGCUUAUUGCGAUAACAUGAAGGAUAAGAUAUCGAUUUUGAUUCAACAAAUCAACGAAGCUGAAAGCAAACGGAAUACCUUGCAGCAAGAAUGCGAAAACGUUAAAAGAGACCUGAAAUACGAGAUCGAAGAAUUAUGCGAUAGGAUGAAUUUCCUCAAAAAAAAAAUGUAUAAAGUUAUGAACGAGAAUUUGACUUUGUUGGGCAAACAUUCCACAAAAUCGAAAGAUAUGCAAGAUAAAAUGAUCGAUUUACCCAACAAUAUCGAGGAUCUACAAAUAUACCUAUUGAAACUCGGAGAGGACUAUAUUUCUUCUCAAAUUGCCAAGGAAUAUUGUGAAGAGCGAUGCGCCCAAAAGAUAGAAGUCUUGAAACAAAAUCUCCAGUCGGAAAUAGAAUCAAAUAAUUCUUUACAAAUCGCCCUCCAACAACUUAAAAUCAACGAAAUAGAUGAGUCAGUGUCAGUGAUGAAUGAAAAACGACCGUUCCCAAUAUCGCAUUUGGAAAAUGUCUUAGCCUUAGCCCGAGACGGUAAAACUCAACUGCCAUCCCCUUUAAUACCUACACCCGCUACAAAUUUGCUACUUCAUCAUCAACAUUAUCCUACCGUUACCGACUAUUCGAGCAUUGAUAUAUUGGGCAAAAACAUAGCUUUUAUCACAGCAUCAACCACUAAAUGUUUGGGAUGUAAUGCUUUGAUAAACAAUCCAGCAAUAAACCAAACCGAUCAAACGUUUUUAAACACCGAGAACAGCGGACAUUGCCAGAAAUGCGGCGAAGUAUUUUGUUUAAGCUGCCUUUCACGCAGAACCAUUAUCAGUAAAUGCCCAUCAACUCAGAGCUAUCAAACUUACGAGGAUAUAGAUUAUCACCAAUCUUCGACCCAGAAACGAAAGGUUGAAAAUGGGGAAAGAGAAAUUGCAAGGGUUGAUGAUAGUAGUAUUGUACCAAUAGCUAAGGUAUAUAAAGUAUGCGAGCGAUGCUAUAGAAAUGCCUUAUCUUGUUGAAAAGAGGAAUUACGAGAUUUAUAAACUUCGAAAUUAUU